GCCUAAUUUAACAUUUGGACUCGAGCCCAAUUCUAUAUUUCUAUUUCUUUCUACGCUGCACCUCAUAAAAUUUCCAGAAGCUUAUCCUUCGGCACUGCCCCGCCUUCCUAUUCGACGAUUUGUCGUUCUUCCAUAUAUCCACCCAGCAUACAUGUGACUGGUUUCUUCUCAAGGUAUGGACCCCAAAGGCGCAGAGCUGAGAUACUACGAGGAUGAGGACACUCCGGUGAUGAAAACAGUAAAAGGUGCAACCGCUGGUCUGGCUGCUGGAACCAUUUGGGGCACUAUAGUUGCAACAUGGUAUGACGUACCACGUGUGGAGAGAAGUGUUGCACUCCCUGGUUUGGUGCGUACGCUGAAGAUGAUGGGAAAUCAUGGGGUGACAUUUGCUGCUGUAGGUGGAUUAUAUAUAGGUGUCGAGCAGUUGAUGCAGAAUUAUCGUGCGAAGAGAGACUUCAUAAAUGGUGCUGUUGGUGGAUUUGCAGCUGGCGCUUCCGUGUUUGGCUAUAAAGGGAAGAGUAUCGCGACAGCAAUCUCAGCUGGAGCAGCACUUGCAGUGACCUCUGCUGUAAUUGACGUGGGAGGUCAAACCACAAGGGUUGACAAUGGCAAGGAGUAUUACCCUUACACCACCCAGCCCAAACCGGGACAUGCUCAUGCUGCUGCUGCUGAAUGAUUGAGUUUUUCUAUCUAAUUGCUUGCUUCGGGGACAAAAUAGUGGGGAGCGUGCAGUUUUGUUUUCCAAGACUUGCUGAUGUCCGUGUCUUCUACUUUAUCAUCAUUCAUGGCCGGUGGUGUAACACUGUACUACCAUGUUUUCCUGUUUUAUAUUACAAAAAAAUAAUAAAAAAUGUUACUGUAGAUAAUACCCUCCUUCAGCAGAAGAAUAGAGUUGCAUACGAUUGGAGUGGCUACUGGACCAUGAGAACGGGCUGUCUGGUCUUGCCUGUGACAUUGCAAGCAUGGUCAUGGUAGACACUACUACCCAAGUGGGUAGGAGUUUAGGAUCUACCUAACCAGCUAACCUCCUGUUUUUUAAUCUGCUUAAGGAUGCACGUGUGAUAUUAUUGUAAGUUGGUAACAGGAAAGAACAUGCAUUUCUUGUAUGCCUGCAAAUCUGCAGACUGCAGUAGCAAUAAAUGAUACUUUGCCCUAAACUAAUGAUAUUUCUCAACUCCAUCUCUCCAAGAGUAUGUUUGGAGCCACAGAGCGGUUGGGAAGGAAAGAAAAUGCCAAGGAAAGUUAUUUUAUGUUUGGUUCUUCCUCGGAAGUGCUAAGCAAAUGUAAUACUCCGUAUGAUUAAUGCUUUUUAAAAAUUGAGUAAGAAAAAGUGUUUAUUUUUCUUAAUUUCUUUACAUUUUCACAUUCUAUUAUUACCAAAUUUCUACAUUUUACAAUUAGCAGUUUACACACCCUUAAUGGACCAUAA